CCCUUUUCCAUAGGCCGAUUGUUGCACAACCCAGCUAUAGCGUUUGACAAAUCGCCCGGGGGUGGGGUCCAUGGACCGCGGGCCCGGUCCACUCGACUUCCAUUUUAAGCGCCGCGUCAUAUCCCUCUACGCUCAAGCCACUCGCCAUGGCUAGCGGUUGGGGGCCUCUUGCCGGUGUCGCUGCAGUUCUCCUCCUGUUCUCGAGCUUAGCAUGGCCCAGCCAUCAGGCGCAGAGCAUUUCAUCAACGGCCCAGGCCCUCUUAGACCCUGGAGUCACUAGAUAUGAUGGCUUUGAUCCAGCGUCCGCUAGCUUGAAACUGGUGCAGGUGGUCUUCAGGCACGGAGCACGAACUCCACUCAACACCAUUUACCGUUUUCCGGGUACUAACUGGAGCCACUGCCCCGAGCACUAUCCGGGUGUCGAGGUCCAGCUUUUCGAUGAGAAUGGCGCUCCAGAACCGCCUCCGAUCAUCGAUAUGGACACACCAGUGCUGCCCGGCGGAUGCCGCCAGGGCACCCUCACCUCCGCGGGUUACGGCAUGGCCCUCAAGCUUGGCGCAUGGCUGCGUCACCGCUACGUGGACGGUCACGGCAGCACGGGCGGUUUCCUUCCGGACCUCCUAACCGCCUCAACCGCCAGCACUACCAGCAGCAGGGGCAGCAGCAGCAAGGGCAGGAGGCUGGCAACUGCAGCAGCAGCAGCAGCAGGGGCGAAAGGGGCAGGAGUAGCCGCCAAUGCAGCAGGAAAUGGCGUGGCAGAUCCAAGUUUCGAACUUGGUCGUACCGGUAGUCGUACGGAUGGAGUCGUACGGUGGGAUUCUGCCGUAGCAAGCCUGCGUACGACAACGAUUCGUCGUACGGUUGCGACGCUGAGGGGCGUGGUGACGGGGCUAUGGCCGGGACUGGCAGUGGCAACGGAGGAGGAGGGGGAGGAGAAGGACAGGCGGAGUGGAGCGCCUUUGCCGGUGGCCGCCAGUGUGGAGUCGUUGGAGAUCAUGUACGGCAACAACCGUACAUGCGCCCGACUGCAACCGCUGUACGACGCAAUGCAGCGGGAUCUCAACGCCUCCGACGCGCGGGACGCCGAGCUGCCCCGCCUGAACCGGCUGGUGGCGCAGGCACUGGGUCUGGACCAGGGGCAGGAGGUGUUGUGGACCAAACUGUACGACGUGCUGGCAGGCAUGAUUGCUGACGGCCAGCCGCUGCCCCCGGGGGCAACCCAGGAGGUGCUGAAGGUCAUUUGGGAGCAGGCUGAGCGGCACGAAGCCAGCAUCAUCGGCCCUGGAGCUGACCUGUGCGCCUCUCUGGGCCCUGGCGGCGACGGAGCCGGAGAGCACGAGGCGUCCACUGACCCACGGGUCACCGACGACGAGCCGGACGCAGGCUACAGCAAUCGCGGCAGCAGCUUUGACCCGUACAAUGGCGCUGAGGGCGAUGCUGGGUCCAACGGCGUCAUCAGCGGCAGCAUCAGCAGCAGCGCACGACGGCGGCGUUGUCAUGAGGUGCUGCGGCUGGGGAUUGGGCUGCUGCUGAGGAGGCUGUUGGACAACAUGGAAGCGGCAGUAGCAGCAAUAGAUGAAGAGGCUGCUGCUAGUGCUGGUGCUGGUGGGGCUGCUGCUGUCGACUCCUCUGACGGCACUCGCCGGAGCCUACGGAACCAGCAACAGCAGGGCAAGCAGCAGCAACACAAGCCUUCCGGCUCCCCAGCUGCCUUGACCCCCACCACCCUGCAAACCUCAUCCUCCCGCCCGCACCCCUCCAAGCUAUACCUCUACAGCGGGCAUGACAGCUCGGUAACCCCGCUGCUAGCUGUGCUGGGGCAGCCCGCCACCGCCUGGCCUCCUUUCACAGCCAAUGUGGUGUUUGAGCUAUGGCAGGGGCCGGUAGCGGACGGUAGCAGCAGCAGCAAGGGAGGUAGCAAGGGCGGGAGCAGCAGCAGCAGGGGCGGUAGCAGCAGCAGCAAGGGUGGUGCAGGUACAGGUGGUGGCAGCAGAAGGUACCUCCGGGAGCGGGUUGGUGAGGUGGCGGGAGGAGAUGUGACGGGAAGGCGGGGGCUGGUAGGGAGGAAGGCGGUUGAGGAGGCGUCAGGGGCGAGUGAGGAAGGGGCUGUUAAAGGCGGCGGGGAUGCUUUUACAGGUGUUUCCAAGUCGUCUGGGUAUUGGGUAAGGAUCCUGUAUAACGGAAAGCCGUUGGUGAUUCCGUUGCUCAGCGAUGCGGGUGGUUGGUUACCGUUGAGCGUCUUACGUACGAGGGUAUUCUUGCCAUACGCGAUCAGGCCCGAGGAGCAUGCGGAGGUUUGCUCCAGGGUUGAUAUUCGAGAUCUGGAUUCGGUUCAGCCGCCCACUGGGGAUUGGGAGACGAAGAGGAAAGGGAAGGGGAAGCGUCGCGAGGUGCGGGAGGGAUGGCAAGAUGAGGAGUCGCUAUCUCCGGCACGACGGGCAGCUCGCGAGCGGGCGAUGCGGCAUGCGCUGUUGUAGGGGGCAUGACGGUUGGAUGACCGUUGACCAGGAGGGGAGCGGGAGCGGGAGGGGAGCGGAAUGGGGUCAUCGGGCCCACAAGGACAUGCGUGCUAGUGUUGGUUUGCAUUCUGUGCUACUGUUUUCUUUUGGCGUCAACAAAACUGUUUUACAUUUUACCUUCCCCCCAAAACCGUAAGGACUAGGGUAGCAGCAGACAACUUGCAUGUGGGGGUCAGUCGUGCGGUCAUUUACAAACUAGCGGUAUUGAGCGUGGUUAAAAGCUAACCAGGGGUAAUUGGUGUGGUUAAAAGCUGAUCGGAGGGCAACCGGAGCGGUAUGGGUACACAGGGUGGUGUGGUUAAACAGGGCAACAUGACAAUCCAGGUUAUGACUAAACCGCAGGAGUGAUGCUACCCAUCGGGACGAGGCAGCAAGCUCGUUAAGGCGCAGCGGAGCGCGUUAGUUAUCAUAGUAUGUCGCGCCCGCCGCCUUCCGUACGUAAUUACGUUGUGUAAACUUGUGGUGGUCGGUUUGGUGUAGUUGUUUAUGGUAGGAAGUGAAUAAAACAUUGAGAACUUUGCCGUGCAGAGGGUUUGUAGUACUUUUAGGUUGUUGUUGCGUGGAGAGGAGAUGACACUGUGUGGCGUGUUUGCGUUGUAUAUCGCACAUGUAGUUGCAUUUGUGCAUGUGUUUUGAGUUAUGGAAUGGAGGGAAGUAGUGUGUGUUCGUGUCAUGGGUAGUUGCGUGGAUGCUGUCGUGCAUAUCAAUCCAUUCUGACGGUCUGCUGUGGAAAUGCGCAUUAAGAGUUACGUAGCAUCUCUCUGCAAGCAUUACGAUUCCUUUAGGGUCCAUUGCCCAUAGAGCCUUGUGGUGUGUUGUCCGUCCAUCAAAUGCUAAUUACUUAUGCAUGGGCCCUGCUGAAUAUGCGAAUUUCUUUGGACACUUACCUUGCUCUAACAGUUGGGUUACUCGGUCUUGGUGUAAGUUGCUUUCGCAAACACCCCAAAG